AUGACAACAAAUUCAAAACACCUAUUUCUUCCCCUUGGCCUUCCAGUCAUCGACUUCUCAAUUCCAAACCUCAAACUGGGAACUCCAGAAUGGGACUAUGUGAGAUCCCACGUCCGAAAAGCUCUAGAGGAAUACGGAUGUUUUGAGGCUUUGUUUGACGGAGCUUCAGUGGAGCUACGGAAGGCAUUGUUCAAGGCCUCGGAGGAAGUUUUUGAUUUACCAUUGGAGACCAAAGUGAGUGCAAAGUCGAAAAAUCGUAACAGUGGUUACUCCGGUCAGGUUCCGGCUAUGCCAUUGUUCGAAGGCAUGGGCUUUGACGGUGUAGAAAAUCAUGAGGUUGUUAAUGACUUGACUCACAAGGUUUGGCCUCAAGGCAACACCACUUUCAGCAAUACUGUUCAGUCGUUUGCGGAGAAGUUGAUAGAACUAAACGUGAAGGUGAGAACAAUGAUCAUGGAAAGUUUCGGGCUCGAGAAAUACGUAGAGGAGCAUCUUAACUCAGCGAAGAAUCGCUUUCAUUUAUUUAAAUACAAAGGACUCGACGACAAUACUGAAGCGAAUGUAGGCAUUGACCCUCAUAUCGACAGACAUUUCCUCACCAUAUUAUGUCAGAAUGACGUAGUAGAUGGCUUGGAGAUCAGAACCAAAGACGGUAAAGAGUGGAUCAAAGCUAAGCCAUCUCAAGACUCUUCUUACCUUGUUAUGGCCGGAGCUUCUCUUCAUGUACUGUUGAAUGGUGAGGUAUUUCCUCCGCUUCAUCAUGUCGUUAUAACCGGAAAGAAAGAUCGGUAUGUGGCUGGACUGUUCUUGCGUCCUAAAGAAGGACUUAUUAUAAAUGCGCCUGAGGAGAUGGUUGAUGAUGAACAUCCUCGUCUCUAUAAGCCUUUUAAUUUUGAGGAUUACUUUAAGUUUACCUACAUAGACACCAAGAAGAGAGAUCUAUCUGCUCUCAAGACUUACUGUGCCCUUUAA